AUGGAUUCUCCCGACUCCAAGAAGGUGCAAUUCAGCACCCCGCACAAGUUCUCCCUCUUUCGUCUUGUCCGAGACCAAGCACGCAUCAGUCCAGAUGUUCUGGCUCAUCGAUAUGAGGGUUCAGGUACAACAGACGAUCCAUACCUGGUCGUUUGGGUACCUGAAGAUGCUGGAAACCCCAUGAACUGGUCAAAUUCGUUCAAGUGGCUUCUGACCAUGACUGUUGCAAUGACAUGUUUCGCUACCGCCUUUGCUUCCAGUGCUUUCAGCGGUUGGUCAUUCACAAUCUAUGCUGUACCCGUCACAAUACUGAUUCGUCACNNAGGAACAAUCCGUGAGCUCGUCGUCGGUCUUCACGCUUCGACAGAGCUUAUCACAGCCGGUGUCUCUCUCUUCGUUCUUGGUUUCGCUCUGGGUCCUCUCAUUUGGGCACCGCUCAGCGAAACUGUCGGCCGCCAAAACGUCUUCUUCGCGACCUUCGCGUUGUUCACCGCCUUCCUCGCUGGUUGCGCUCGAGUCAACAACAUCGGCAGUCUUCUUGUCCUGAGAUUCUUCGCUGGCUCCUUCGGUUCUUCGCCCUUUACCAAUGCCGGCGGUGUCGUUUCGGAUGUCUUCUCUGCUCAAGAGCGUGGUCGCGCCAUAACAAUCUUUUCCCUUGCGCCUUGUCUCGGUCCAGCCGUCGGACCUCUUGUUGGAGGCUUCCUGGGUGAGAAUGAAGGCUGGCGUUGGGUUCAAGGUCUGCUAGCCAUCUUUGCUGGUGUAUUGUGGAUUGCUGGCUCUCUGAUCGUCCCUGAGACAUACGCCCCCGUUCUACUCAGACGUCGUGCCGAGGAACUUUCCAAGAGGACCGGCAUGGUCUACCUCUCCAAGUUCGAUGCUGAAAGAGGCCCUGUCUCGGCUAAGCAGAUGGUAUCGACCAUCCUCAUUCGCCCCUGGAUCUUGCUGUUCACCGAGCCGAUCGUUUUACUUCUAUCCAUCUACAUCGCCAUUAUCUAUGGAACCCUCUACUUGCUGUUUGGUGCCUAUCCCGUAAUAUUUCAAUUAGGAAAGCACUGGAGUGAAGGCGUUGGUGGUUUGGCCUUCUUGGGUGUAGCUUUUGGCAUGUUUGCUGCCAUUUGCUUCUCUCUCUACUCGCACAAGUGGUACAUGGCCGCAGCAGCCAAGAACAACGGUUUCGCUCCUCCUGAGGCACGUCUCGUCAUUGGCAUGGUCGGUUCCGUCUGCCUGCCUGUUGGUAUGUUCUGGUUCGCGUGGACAAACGGUCCUUCCAUUCACUGGAUCUCACCCAUCAUGGCUGGUGCGCCCUUUGGUUUCGGACUUACUCUGGUCUUCCUGUCCGUCACAUCCUACCUCAUCGACGCCUAUGUCAUCUACGCUGCAUCAGUUCUCGCCGCAAAUACUGUCCUGCGCUCCCUGUUUGGUGCCGCGUUUCCUCUCUUUACCAGGAUCAUGUACGAACGUCUUGGUAUCCACUGGGCUUCGUCCAUCCCUGCAUUCCUCGCCCUGCUUUGCGUACCCCUGCCCUUCUUCUUCUAUAAGUUUGGCGCAAGGAUCAGAGCCAAGUGCACGUAUGCCGCCGCUGCGGAGAAAGCAGUCUUGAUGUUCCAACAAAAGGCCGCAGCGACCACUGUGACGACAAGAGGAAGCAGCAUGAACAGCGAAGACGACGUUGACGUUGAGAAGGCGGCCGAAGUUAAGGAUCCGUUGGAGCUUACACGAGCCAGAACGGUUGAUACAGUCAGGACUGUUUCGGUGUAUGAGGCCAGUCCUUAUGACAUCGAUCGUGUUAAUACCAAGAACUCGGUCUCUGGGCUCUGA